AUGUUUCUGAGAUACCAUUUGGACGAGAACGGCAGACGUGUUUAUACCCUGAAGAAGACAGCUCCUGACGGGAAAGAAACUUUGUCUGCCCAUCCUGCUCGCUUCUCUCCUGAGGACAAAUACAGCAAAUAUCGUGCUGUAAAACUGUCAUUUUAUUUGUUUUGCUUGAAGGAAUUUCAUACUCCUCGCACGACACUCACCUAUCAGCAGUGGACAAAACGUCGUCUUAUCAUCUCAUUUGCGGUGUUUUUUAUCGGAUGGAAAACGUUUGGUGUGUUGUUGAAUGAUAUGUUGUUCUGGACAGUUGAUGAGGAGACUGGUGAGGGACAUAUGCUAACACCAGCAGAGGGACGAUUACGCAGGCAACAACUUGAGCGUGAACGUGAUCGUGAGAAAAGUCGCAGCAAAGUGUUACCUAAAUUUGAUUUUGAUGACUAG